GUGUCCCAGUGAAUAGCAGAGUGUCCUCUAAAAUCCAGCAGCUUCUGAAUACCUUGAAAAGACCAAAGCGCCCACCUUUGAAAGAGUUUUUUGUUGAUGAUUUUGAAGAACUGCUAGAAGUGCAACAGCCUGACCCAAAUCAACCAAAGCCGGAAGGAAAUCAAGUGAAUGUACUUAAAGGUGAACCUUUAGGUGUGGUAACCAACUGGCCCCCUUCUCUGCUGGCUGCCCUGCAGCGCUGGGGAACUACCCAGCCGAAAGCUCCUUGUCUCACGGCAUUGGAUACAACUGGGAAAGCUAUUUAUACACUUACGUACGGCAAGCUGUGGAGUCGAAGCUUGAAGUUAGCGUAUACCCUGCUAAACAAACUAACCACUAAGAAUGAACCACUGCUGAAGCCUGGAGACCGGGUAGCUCUUGUAUUUCCUAAUAGUGAUCCAGUUAUGUUUAUGGUGGCAUUUUAUGGAUGUCUCCUGGCAGAACUUAUUCCUGUCCCAAUAGAAGUUCCACUGACAAGAAAGGAUGCUGGGAGCCAGCAGAUUGGAUUUCUUUUAGGCAGCUGCGGGGUAACACUAGCUUUAACCACUGAUGCCUGUCAAAAAGGCCUUCCCAAAGCUCAGACUGGCGAGGUGGUUACAUUCAAAGGCUGGCCUCGUCUCAUUUGGUUUGUGAUUGAUGGGAAGCAUCUGGCAAAACCAACUAAGGACUGGCAUCCACAAGUACGGGAUGCCAGUGCUGAGAUUGCUUAUAUUGAGUACAAAACAAGUAAAGAGGGCAGCACAGUGGGCAUUACUGUAUCUCAUGCUUCCAUGCUGGCACACUGUCAUGCAUUGACUCAGGCAUGUGGUUAUUCAGAAGCUGAAACACUAACAAAUGUCUUGGAUUUCAAAAGAGAUGCUGGCCUUUGGCAUGGAGUAUUAACAAGUGUUAUGAACAGGAUGCACGUCAUCAGUAUUCCCUAUGCAUUAAUGAAGGUUAAUCCACUUUCCUGGAUACAGAAAGUCUGCUCAUACAAAGCCCGUGUAGCAGUGGUAAAAUCCCGUGAUAUGCACUGGUCACUUUUGGCUCAGAGGGAUCAGAGAGAUGUCAGUCUGAGCUCUUUACGAAUGUUAAUAGUGGCUGAUGGAGCUAAUCCAUGGUCCAUAUCUUCGUGUGAUGCAUUCCUGAAUGUAUUUCAGUCCAGAGGUUUGAGACCAGAAGUAAUCUGUCCCUGUGCUAGUUCUUCAGAGGCACUAACAGUUGCUAUUCGCAGACCUCCAGAACUGGGUGGGCCUCCUCCAGGAAAAGCAGUGUUAUCUAUGAAUUGUCUGAGUUUUGGCGUGAUAAGAGUGGAUACAGAAGAGAAGUUGUCGGUGUUAACUGUACAGGAUGUUGGUCAGAUUAUGCCUGGAGCAAAUGUCUGUGUUGUGAAGGUGGAUGGGACCCCUUAUCUGUGUAAAGCUGAUGAGGUUGGAGAAAUAUGUGUGAAUUCAGGUACAACUGGGAUGGCGUAUUUUGGCCUCCUCGGAAUCACCAAGAAUGUAUUUGAGGCCAUCCCAGUGACAGCAGCCGGCGUGCCUGUUUCAGACCAACCCUUUACAAGAACAGGAUUGCUUGGCUUUGUGGGUCCCGACUAUUUGGUGUUUGUGGUUGGAAAAUUGGAUGGCCUAAUGACAGUUAGUGGCCGCAGGCACAAUGCGGAUGAUGUGGUAGCCACCGCACUGGCAGUCGAGCCCAUGAAGUUUGUCUAUCGGGGAAGGUGA